UUAUGGUCAUUGCAACAAUGUGUUGACGAAGUCGAAAUUGGUCACUUACUCGCGAAUGUCUGCUGUCCAAACAGCAGUCGGGCCGUCUAACUUUACAGUUGCCUGUGCUCCUUUGUUUGGACAGGGACCUCGAUAUACCGUUUACCGUUCUGACUGCGUGCAUCUGUAUCGGUCGCGUGCUUGCGCUGUACUUUCGUCGGUGCACGCGAUAAAUUUCAUGUCGGCUCACGGACACGAUCGCUGUCUUCACUUCGGCGCCUAAGUGCGGGCGCACAGGGAAACGCACACGUGAUACAAGAUAUUGUCCUCUGAAGAACAGGCUCUCCAACCCCAUUAAUCGCGUUACCACGCCUUGGGAGGGAGGUGGGCCCCUCACCGCCCUUUAUGAAGAGUGUUUUUUUGUUUGUUUGUUUUUUUCUUCUUCAAAAUUCUAGGUGUUCUGGAACUCCUUUGCUUUCAGUUACCAGGAAGCAUUGCUACACCCGUUUUAGAAUGUUCAGUUAAUAACAUUCUAAUUGCAUAGUAUUUGGUGAUCUUACACCUUACGGGUUUAUUAUAUGGAAAACUGGGUCAUAAAACCCGGGUGAGUCACAUUACCGCAUAGGCCUAUGUAUCGAUACCUCUGGUGGUGGCGUUUGCAGUGGUAGCGCUGGAAUCCCUUCGAGGGGCGAGGGUGCUGGUGACGGGGGCCAGCACGGGAAUCGGGGAGCAGAUGGCCUAUCACUACGCCCGCUUUGGCGCCCAGAUCGUCAUUACCGCCAGGAGAGAGAACGUCUUGAAGAAAGUAGCGGAGAAGUGCCUGGAGCUCGGGGCACAGAAGGCCUUGUACGUGCCCGCCGAUAUGGGCGAUACCUCGGACCCUGGAAAGGUGGUGGAGUUUGCCGUGGAAGCGCUAGGGGGACUGGACUACCUGGUGCUGAACCACAUUGGACCCAGCCCAUUCGCAAUGUGGGACCAUGACGUGGAGCACGUCCGGUGGCUAAUGCAGGUGAACUUCCUUAGCUACGUGCAAAUGACCUCCUCUGCCCUGCCCCACCUGGACAAAAGCGGAGGAGUCGUCGUUGUGGUUUCCUCCAUGUUGGGGAAGAUGUGCAACCCGUUCGUGGCGCCCUACUCCGCCACCAAGUUCGCCCUGAGCGGCUUCUUCGGCACCAUGCAGCACGAGCUGGCCAUGCAGCGCAAGAACGUCACGGUAACCAUCAGCAUCCUGGGGCUGAUCGACACGCAGUCCGCCAUGGAAAAAAUCAAAGGGUACACCAACAUGACGGCCUAUCCCGCCGCCGACGCCGCGCUGCACGUGGUGAAAGCCGGUGCCACCCGGCAGAGGGAGUCCUUCUACCCCCUCUACGCCUAUUUCGCCUGCCUCUUCCGCGACUGGUUCCCCUUCUUCAGGGACCUGACCAUCCAAAACUUCUACACCUAUGAGCCAUAACUGUCUUACAUGCUGGAAUAAAAUAUUCCUGCUUCAGCAUCGAAUGCCUUAUUUAGAUUUUAUGUCUUUGUUGUGCUGAUAUUGAGCCGAUGGGAUUGAUGCUGGGAAAAGCAAGGCCUUGUGUGCUGUUCGGUUUGUCAUUAAUACAGAUACCUUUGACCUUUGCCCUUUGCCCUCAUCCAGGCAUGUUGUGUUGACUGAGUCUGAUAAGGAGCACAAGAGAUAAUCUACUGGAUGAAAGAUAUGCAACCUCUGCCUUAGUCAGAUGUCAGUUGUAGUUCCCGUUGUAUUGGCACACAAACAAUUGCGAACGCAGUUUUCAUAUAGGCCAAGGUGUUGCACUAUGUGAACAUGAUGCUUUUCUUACCUACUGUAUUAUCUACAUAGAACACUGUUGUAAACAACUAUCCAGAUAUGGAAAUAUUAAAUGCCAUUUUACAUAUGUUUUAUAA